CCAAUAUUUAUGUGUUUAAAUAAGAAUAGUAAUAAUAUGAUAGAAUUGUUUGUUGAAGAUAUUUUGUCACGUUUUUGGUAGUAUCUUAGGUGCAAUUGUCCAUUUAACCCAUAGUUUGUAUACAUUUAAUGAAUAGUCAACACUAAGCAUGGUACAUCACUUCUUAACUAGUCAGUCCGUAGAUUUAUACUUCUUGCUAGGGAACGUGAGAAAGAAACCGGAUUAUUGUAUUGUUGGUUUGAAUGAUUUGAGAAUGUAAUCACAGUGCUCUAGAGACAACUAUCUGAGGCCAAUCACACAUAUCUAAACUUUACUGCCGUCGACGGUAAUCUAUGUAACAAAGUAACAUGUACUAUUUUUGGGAUCAACGUUUUCUAACUUCCUUCAUUAUUUAUUUGAAGACAAUGUUAUUAUAGAUGUUGGUUAUCAAAUCGUUUUAUUCUUGAAGGUGUAGCCGACUGACUGACUGAAGGUGUAUUCAUUAAUGUUUAAUGUGAAAUAUCAUUCUUUCCUUUCUAUUUUUCUUUAUUUAGGAGACUAUACCUAUAACUAAUGAAGAAGGCCUAUCAAAACGACCAAAUCGUAAAUUGAUUCAAUAUUUAAAGCGUAAAGAAAAAAUUUAAAAAAUUCUCAAUAUAUAAUAGGCAAGACGUGAAAUAAGGAAAGUGUAUAAGGAACGUCGUAAAAUCCGCCAACAACAACAGCAACAGGAACAACAAUCAUCAUCGUGUGUUGUUCAUAAUGUGGAUAAUGAUACUUAUGUAUCAACAGAGAAUCUUUCCAUUCCGAAGAAUACACUGACUUCACACAAGUCGGAAUGUUAUAAACGUUUAAAAAUGUCCGAUUCAUUAUGUCAAACUAAAGUUGUCAUUGAUUGUUCAUAUGAUCAUUUAAUGUCUUUUAAAGAUAUAUGUAAAUUAGCUAAUCAGGUAGCUAAUUGUUAUUCUUUCAAUAGACGUGCUAAACAUCCAGUUCAACUCUAUAUCACUGGUUUAGGUCCCUGUAACACCAUAGAAACGAAUAUCAAUGAUAAAGAUAUAUCUACCGGUGAUAAUUUGUUAUCUGUAGAUAAAUGUAAAUCUAUCCGAUUAUAUGACAGAUUAAAAUUAUGCAACUGUGAUAGUUGGGAUGUGAAUCUAUGUGAGGAUGAUUUUACUAAACUAUUUCCAACUGAUAAAAUUGUUUAUUUAUGCGCUGAAUCAGAAUAUACUUUACCAGAAUCAUUUAAUGUAAACGAUCCAUCUAAUGCUACUACUAAUAUAGAUGAUGCAUCCAAUGAUAAUACAACUACUAGUAAUAAUAUUAAUAAUAAUCACUUUAAUCAAGAUGAUAUCUAUGUCAUAGGUGGUUUAAUUGAUCAUAAUCAUUUAAAGGGUUAUUGUUAUAACCAAGCUAUAAGAAAUGGUUAUAGAACAGCUAGAUUACCAAUUAAAGAAAUCCAAUUAAAUAUAAAUGGUCGUUUAAUUUUAUCAACUUUACAUGUAUUUCAAUCAUUAUGCCCCGUGUUAAAUGGUACAAUGACAUGGUUAGAAAGUUUAAAAGAUACGAUACCUUCAAGAAAAUUAAUUCAAUAAUUCAUUGUAUAUAAUAAAUUCAUUAUUAUUAUUCUAAUUGAAUGAAUAAUAUAUUGUUUACAUUUGAAGAUAAAGAAUGUUCUAGUUUU